GUUCAUUCAAGGGAGUGACACCGUUCUGUGCAGAAAUGCUGUUUUUGCUCCGGUGUGAAAAUGAGUUCAGGCAAAAAGUCUCUGACUGUCAAUGAAAUACUAGCAGAGUUAGAAAAAGAAGAUAUUGCUGCAGAUGUUUUUAUUGAGCCUGCUGAUGAUGGUCUGACUGACGAAGAUUCUGCUGAUGAAGAUCAAGGUGGUCUAAUUGAUAAUCUCUCGGGUAAACAAUUAGAUGCUGCAGGUGAAGCAGCUCUUCCAAAUGGAGUUCGGCUUGGAAAUUUAGGAGAGGACUUGGAGAACUAUGAUGACUCUAGUUAUUGCUUCAAAACUCCAAAGUGGACUAGAAAGGCAACAUUUUCUUCACCAAAACCAAUUUUUCCUGAGGCGAAUUACAGUCAAUACCGGAACUUAUCACCAUGUGAAUUAUUCGAAUUGUUUUUUGAUGAGGAAGUCUUCAGAUUGAUAAUAGAACAGUCAGCUCUUUAUGCUCGUUACAAGGGAGAAAUUUCCUUCUCAACAAAUGAAAAAGAACUAAAGGUUUUCCUUCCUUGGCAUAUUACUUUUAUCUGGCAUUGUUCCAGUUCCAUCACGGAGACUUUACUGGAAGAAUUUCUCCAGUGA